AUCUCUAACGCUCACUUCUUUUCUUCUUCAUUCCAACUCAUCUUUUGCUUUUGGACCUUAAUGUUUUGACUUCUUAAUGAUUUCUGGUGCUGGUGCAAACAAUAAUUCUAGUACAACCUGCAAAUUCCUAAGAGGUGAUUAGAAAAUGCAGUUAUAUCAUCAUCCAUUUGAUUUGGACAGCCAGAAGGUGAGACUUGCAUUGGAGGAAAAAGGCAUUGAUUAUACAUCUUUCCAUGUCAAUCCCAUAACUGGCAAGAACUUGGAUUCUUUAUUCUUCAAGAUGAAUCCCACUGGAAGACUUCCUGUUUUCCAAAAUGGAUCUCACAUCCUUUACAAGACUAUAGAUAUAAUCCAGUACAUAGAAAGAGUUGCUGUUUUCUCAUCAGGGUCUGAGAAUAUCACUACCAGCAGCAGGGAAGUAAUUGAAUGGAUGCAGAAGAUACAAGAGUGGGAUCCUAAGUAUUUUUCCCUUUCACAUAUACCAGAGAAAUACCGGAUUUAUGUUUCCAAGUUCAGAAGGAGGGUUGUGAUUGCUAGAAUGUCUGAGUCUCCUGAAUUAGCAGGUGCAUACCAUAGGAAGUUAAAAGAAGCCUACCGAACAGAAGAAAAGUUGAAAGAGGCAGAUGUUUUGAGUAGGAGCAAGGAGCAUUUGAUUAGGCUGCUUGAUGAAGCAGAGAGACAGCUGAGUGAAACACCUUAUUUAGCAGGUCAAGAGUUUAGCAUGGCUGAUGUGAUGCUCAUUCCGGUGUUGGCUCGUUUAGUACUCUUAGAUUUAGAGCAUGAGUACAUAACUGGCAGGCCAAACAUUGCUGAGUAUUGGGUUUUUGUUCAGCAGAGGCCUAGUUAUAGAAAGGUGAUUGGUAGGUAUUUUGAUGGUUGGAGAAAGCACAAAACAUUGUUGAAAACUUGGUGCUUUGUUCGUAUUAGAAGUUUGCUGAAGAGGUACUAGUGAGGCACAUAUUAUGAAUCAUGGUUGCCUAAGGGAGGUUGAAGAAGUGAAUGUAUGAAAGCUUUUUGUCUGUAUUGUAGAUAAGGAGUUAUAAUAAUUUUUGUUCUUUGUUUUAUUUUUCCUUUUUGGUUUCAACGAUCUCUUUUUUUUAGAGAGAAAAGGGGGGGUUCUUUUUUCUUUCUCCCUCAUCAAAUGGCGAUGCUAGAUCCAAAGUUUGGACUUGUUCCAGGAUGACAAGGAAGGGAAAUAUAAGGAAGGAUGCAUGUUAGUGGUUAGUCGCCAAAAAAUCUUUGGACUUAGCACUAGAACAAUUCACCCUUGCCAUCUUCCUUCAUUGUCGAGAGAAAAGAGGCAAUUUUAUGUUUCUUCAAUCAAUUUGCAAUUUCUGUGCAAUGUUAUGUACUGCUAUUUGAACAAUUUCUUCCUUUGAGGACUGCUCCUUGUUAUGUAUACAUUAAUUUUGGCAUUUGUAAAUGCA